AUGUUUCGAGGAGUGGGUCUGAUCUUCCUCCUGCUGGGUCUCGUCACAAGCUUGUCCCUGACGGAUCGUCACAGAGACAAGGACGACGACCCGGAUCGUAACAAAGCUAUUUUGGAAAUGCUACACAUCAAUAAAGUGUCUGUGAGGCAUCAGGUGAAACCACAUCCCUACAUGACGAGGGUCUUUCAGCAUCUGGACUCACUGGAGGCUGAGGACUUUGGGAGGACAGAUGGGACGCUGGUGCAGAGUUUCCGGAGUGUUGAUGGUCCAGAUGAAGCUCCUCCAGGAUGGAUCUGGUUUAACAUCAGCACCGCGAGUCCGUCCAUGUUGGGCGCAGAGCUGGUGCUGUUCAGAAAAACCCUCCACCCAUAUCCACUCAGUGUGACGGUCACACUGCACAGUGUCACUGCCUCAGUGGGAGCUCUGCAGGAGGGCCCGGCCGGGGAGGAGAGGCCGCUGAGCCUGGACAGGAGACCCUCAUCUGGAUUCGAUGUGUUUGACGUGUCGGCCGUUGUGGCCGCGAAGCCGCUGGACGUGGUGGGUUUUCAGCUGCGUUACACGGACGAGAGGGGGAGUCUGGUUCUGCAUGAAGCACUGACACAGAGUCUGUACUGUCUGAACAGAGGAGCCAUGAGUGAACCUUUACUGGUGCUUUACCAAGGACACACUGUCAACAUCUAA